CUGGUGGAGCAGUCGCGCCAGCGCACAGAGCCACGGAGACGCAGCGCAGCAUCAGGGCGUCUUCAUCCGGGGGAAAAAAUCAAAUAGAGCAACUUUGCAAAAACACAAAAAAAAACAGCAGCUCUCGCAAACUGGUGGGAAACAGUCGGAGGAGGAUACCGCUUCGCUGCACGGACACAAAAUGAAAGGGUUACCUGGCUGCAUUCUGGAUUUGGAGUCUUGUAGUAAACCGCUGCGUCUUUGACACGAGAGCCGCGCAGGCACCGUCUCUGUUGGAGCGAAUCUCAGGCUCCACGGAUCAAACUUGAGCUGGACACCCAGAAAACCAAGUACCCACCUACUGCUCUCACUGGAAUAGACCAUAAAGCAUCACUGCCACCAUGGAUGAGGAACAGUGCUACUACAACGAGACCAUCGCCUUCUUCUACAACCGCAGUGGAAAGAACCUGGCGAACGAAUGGAACACGGUCAGCAGGCUGGUGAUGGGCCUGGGCAUCACCGUGUGCAUCUUCAUCAUGCUCGCCAACCUCCUGGUGAUGGUCGCCAUCUACGUCAACAGGAGAUUCCACUUCCCCAUCUACUACCUGAUGGCCAACCUGGCAGCUGCUGACUUCUUCGCUGGACUGGCCUACUUCUACUUGAUGUUCAACACGGGGCCGAACACCAGGCGGCUGACUGUCUCCACGUGGCUGCUUCGCCAGGGACUGAUUGACACCAGCCUGACGGCGUCCGUGGCCAACCUGCUCGCCAUCGCCAUCGAGCGCCACAUCACCGUGUUCCGCAUGCAGCUGCACACGCGCAUGAGCAACCGGCGUGUUGUGGUGGUGAUUGUUAUAAUCUGGACUAUGUCCAUAGUGAUGGGCGCCAUCCCGAGUGUCGGCUGGAACUGUAUCUGUAGCAUUAGCUCUUGCUCCAACAUGGCGCCGCUGUACAGCAACUCCUACCUGAUCUUCUGGGCGGUGUUUAACCUGGUGACCUUUGUUGUCAUGGUGACGCUGUACGCCCACAUCUUUGUGUAUGUGCGGCAGAGGACCAUGAGGAUGUCGCGGCACAGCUCGGGACCUCGACGCAACCGGGACACCAUGAUGUCUCUGCUGAAGACCGUGGUGAUUGUGUUGGGUGCCUUCAUCAUCUGCUGGACCCCCGGCCUCGUCAUCCUCCUCCUCGACGUCUUCUGCGCCAAGUGCAACGUCCUCACCUACGAGAAGUUCUUCCUCCUCCUCGCCGAGUUCAACUCCGCCAUGAACCCCAUCAUCUACUCCUACCGCGACAAGGAGAUGAGCGCCACCUUCAGGCAGAUCCUGUGCUGCCAGCGGCAGGAGAACGUCAACGGGACGGUGGCGGAGGGGUCAGACCGCUCGGCCUCAUCCGUCAACCACACGGUGCUUGGCAGCGGCGGUACGCACCUCCAGCACCACCAGCACCACCCCCACCAUCACCACAACGAACACUCAGUAGUGUAAAGGAGGGCUGGAUAUCCUGGAGGUUAAUCCGACUGAUUGAAGGGGUUAAUCUCUCGUGGAAACUGGGAAAUGGAGGAAUGCAAAGGUCAAGAGGGACUGGGAUCAUAUUAAAGAAAGACUGUAACGUAAGAAGUGUGAGGAUGAAGAUGAAGGAGUGGAUUUGAUGAUGAUGAGCUGAACGAGAUCUUAAUGAAGAAGAACGGCAACUAUGAAGAAAGAUGAAGAGACUGUUAUCUCUGUGUGGAGGACGAACACAGGAAUGGUCUGAUCUUCACAGACUCUGAUAGACUGUUAGCAUUUUUUGGGGUUUAGCUGUUUAUUAUUUUCUGUCAGUGUCAAAUGUCUCGUUUCGGGCAAAUGCUGAUAUGAACUAUUUAAAAGUAAUCUGUGAAAUGAAGGUAAUGCCAGUAGAACCCAUCCUCUCUCUCCGGUCUUCUCUCACUCUGCCCCCCUGCUCAUGGGCUUGGGUCACAUCAGUUUCAGGACAAAUUCAUAUUAGCUGCAACGUUUUGGGUCAGAACCACAGACUGUAAAGAAAGAUGGACGACAUGCCUCCAUUUCAACCUCCCAUUGUAUAAUAUUGAAGCUAAAAUACCCCGGAUUGCGUUUUGGACGUCAUGUGGAGUCUUUGCACUAGUGAUCGUAGCGUUGAGCCCCAGUAUUGAGGUCCUGCCCAUACGAGCACAUGACCAAUCACAAGCUGUCAAUCACGAGGCUUCACCCUGUUUUUAUAACAUCAAAUAACUAAUUACAACCAAACUUGUCCCACCCACUAACAUGGAGGAGGUGGGGUUAAUGAACUAGCCACCAGGCAUCAAGAUGAUUUGUGAAGCUGUUGCUUCGUCCAUCUUUACACAAAGUCUACGGUUAGAACCAACAGACACUAUCAUUUCUUUUUUCUUUUAUUUUCAGGAGAAAAAACUUCAAAUCUCCAACAGCUUUAACUUCCAAAUGACCUUCUGGAGACUUUCCAGCAGUUUUCUCCAUAGUUUUUUUUAACAAUUUCAAGGGUUUUAUUUAAAGACACCAAAGUGGCAAAUGAAUUAACCAAUUGUUCUACCAUUGUAAAUAUUGACAUGUUUGAUGACAGGAAUACUGCAGUACUGCCCAGGACUGAAGUAUCAAGAGCCACUAUUCUUUUCCACGAUAGAUUAAUCUUUCAUUUUUAACUGACUAGUGACUUAAUACUACAGGGACUCAUCAUUCUAUUGGCCGUCCACAUCCAAUAAAAACCUUUUGUGAAUCCGUCGCAUCAGUUCCCUCGAAAAAAUCUCUGAGGGAGUCCAAGAGCUGAGAGAAACCCUGAGAUGUUUAUUCUCUGUAAGGAAUCGAAGACGAGCCGUUCCAGGGAUGUUACCAGAAAGAGGAGGAGGAGGAGGAGGAGGAGGAGGAGGAGGAGGAUGUUUGCAGUGUUUCGGAGCAGGCUGCGUGCCACAGUAUUAUGUGGAGAGGAGGUGAAGGUCAUAUCUGCUGAGUGUUAACAGACUCCAGAGUAUGACAUGAAAUGUGCUGAGCUGGUUUUAUCAAGCGUCUCCGAGUCCAAGAGGCUGAAAAUGAGAAUUUGUCUUCAAUGAUUUCAAUUAAUUUCUUUCAGAAGUCUGAAAAAAUAGAGCCAAUGAAUUCAUUUUCUGCCUGAAACAUUAAAAAGUCCACUUCUCAGCUGAUAUAAACACUUUUCAAUUGCUGACCUGCUCAAGCUACAUCCAAACAAACAUAUUUUAAUUUAACGCCUUUUUAAAAACAAAACAAUCUCCGUCCAGAUAAGCGUUUUACCUCCGUAUCAAAAGUAGUCUCCUUCCACACUAACACACAUAAAGACGCACAUCACGUGACCUUCCAUGCUCACUGGCAUGGACGUGGCGGUGUAAACAGGAAGUAGAUCUUCUACUCAUAAAAUUCUACGAAUGUUUUAGCCAAACUGGCUAAGUUUUCGAACUUAGACCUGGUCAGUAGCCUUUCCAAAGUUCUCUGUUGCAUGUGCUCAAAAACUUCGUAGUAGUGUGGACGUCAAGUGAAAACGCAGCAAAGUGAUUUAAAUUAAAAACGUCAAUCGGCAGAGCCAAAGAAAAGUAUAGAACUGUAAGUUUUUCUAAUCUAAUUGAUUAAAUACAGUUUUUAAUCAAUCGAAAAAAAUCCUUUAUCAUCUUUUAAGGCAGAUUAUGCCCAGUUCUUUGUCUUACAGGCGCUGGUGAACUACAGAAGCACAGUCUAAUACGAGUGAGUCGUAUCCCAACAGCAACACUGAGCAGUUCUAAUCAUCCGUGAAAGGUCUACUGACAACAAUGAUGUGUUUACUCCUAGGAUGGUUGUCAAAGCCUUUCGGGUGUUUCCUUAACGAACGGACUUAGCGAGAGGUGAUCCAGAGUUGAACCCGUGCUGUGCUGAACGGGCGUUAUCUUUUAUUUCCCCCCCGACUCCUGCCAUUAACUCGGGAAUCUGUGCCAGCUGCAAGUUGUAGUCGAGUUGUGAGUCCAUGACGGGCGUUGUUGCCAGCUGAAUGUUUUGUCGUGACUUGAAUCAAAACACUUUCUUUGGGCCCCAGAAUACACGGACGGCGCUCGCGGCAGCUGACAGCGACGCCGGGAAUCGCAGCCAAAAAUACAGUCGAAUGUUUUUCCAGGAAGCAAGAUGUUUGUCAGGGAUUUAACAUGAAGUCAUCUGCCGUUUCCGAAACUGCCACGGUUGCGCAAACAGAAGUUCCAAGGCAACAAUCGUCAAUACAAAGUAUGUUUUUGUUUUGUUUUAAUCUUUGCGCCUGUCCGCCUCGUGCGAGUUUCAUCGACCAAACUUUGUAGGUCGACGACUCGAGUCUCAGUAUUUGACAUUUACUGUCACCGUUGUUCUAACCAAGUAUUGAUUCAGGUUCUAUAGCAAACCAACUAAACGUUCUGUCUCUGUAUGUCUUUGUUUACCAGUGAAUCACUCUUUGUAUACCAUUGUAAGUAUAUGUGUACAGUAUGUGUGUAUAUAAAAUAUCGUAUUCAAAGUUAAUCACCAAAGGGAAAGUGUUACUGCGUGUGUGUAAAUUUAACUGUCGUACUCUGUCCAAAUGUACUGUAGGAUUUUGUGUUUUUUUUUUAUGUCAUGAGCUCUUUGUAUUAUGAAACCUAAUUAAUGAAUUUCUUGUAGAGUCAUUAACUUGUUUGUGACCCAGAACUUUAUAUAUAUAUAUAUAUAUAUAUAUAUAUAUAUAUAUAUGUAUAUGUGUGUGUGCAGUGCCUUCAUAAGAGUAACUUAUUAACACCAGGCUGAAAAGUUUGAGUUUUGCUGCCCCCUCUGGUUGAACGCUUCACCUCUGACCACACCCAGCUGUGAUGUCAUGGAGGUGGGGAGUUACACCACUAGAGGGCAGCAGAUACCGGCAUUUUCAGGCAGUCUGAAAGCUACUCUUUAAGUUUUUGUGUUGCUAACACCGUUGUCUUACAUUUGCCUUGAAGUAGAACAAAUUAAUCAGUCCGCUUUUGUACAAAGUGUUCACCGGAAACGCAUGAUUUUGUUUUAAAUAAUAAAGGUACACAACAUAGCCUCCAAAAUGUCCAAUAACCACAGUAUAUAUACCAUGGGUCACAUAUGACAGACAUCAAAACACCCAAAGUUUUAAAUGUUAAAAAACACAAUCUGACGGAGAAGUCUUGACCAAUUUGCCAUCAUCUGCACAAAAGUUUAUUCUCAUUCAAUAAACACAACGUUACAGGACACAACUGGUAUUAAAUUCUCAUCACAUCAAACCAAACGUGUUGAUCCCAAAGAUUAUACGGUAAUAUCUGCAUUACGUUGCUCGAAAAUUGCUGUUCAGAAAAGUACUUGAACUCAGAUUUAAUAAACCAUGUACCAGUUGUUUGUCGAGAGUAAUUGUGACGUAUUCUAUCGAUACUUCCCGGCCUAAUAUCAAUGAAUGUCCAGCCUGAGUCAUUGCGCCGAUAUUCCAGCAACAAUAAAAACAUGACGUACACAAAA